UUAUCCUCCUCUUCACUUACGUCCCUGCAUUAGGCCUUUCCCCCAGCACUUCAUCGUACCACUUCAGAAAAAACGGAAAUUAAAAAUCAGCCCCUCCCCAGCAGCACUGACGCUUUUACGCCAUUUAUAAUAAUUGUUUAAUAUUGUCAACAAAAUUACGCAAUGGCGUAGCAUUCUUGACCUUUCGCUUUCUGGAUCUAGGGUUUUCUCGCUUCUUCAUCAGUCAUCACCAAAAAUACCAUUGAUUUUACUUUUUUUUUUCUUUUUGUUUUUCUUUUAGUAAUAUUUUUUCUCCGAUACGGAAAAAAUUAGAAAAUCAAUAUAAAAAAUUAACAAAUCAAAUCCAAGGCGAAGAAGAAAGCAAGCGAGAUCCAUCAUUAGGGUUUUUCAUUUUUUUUUUCUGUAGAUCAAACACCCCCCCCCCCAAAAAAAAAUACAGAUCUAUGUAAACAAAUCUGACCGAAAAUGGAGAAACCUUAAUUUUUGCCUUUGAUCUGAUUUUUGUUUAUUUUAUUGAACUUGCAAUCUGCAAAAAAAAUCUGGUCAAAUCUAAAGAGAAUAGAAUAGAUCGCAAGAACUUGUAAAAACCUUUUUUGUUUUUGUUGUUGUUGAAGACAAGAUUUUGAUGAGAAAUUGACUAGAAAUUGAGGAUCUGAAUAUGAUGAUGAGAAUGUACAAAUCGGUUGUGUAUCAAGGGGAGGAGAUGUUGGGGGAGGUGGAGCUUUAUCCACAACAACUACUAGGGGAAGAAGAAGAUGGUAGAAAAAUAAUGGUGAUGGAAGAAGAAAUGAAGGAAAUCAGGAUAGGGUAUUUGACGCAAGGCAGUGAGAGAUGUCCACCACUGGCAGUGCUACAUACCAUUACUUGUAGUGGGAUUUGCUUCAAAAUGGAAUCAUCAAAGGACAACAAUUACUCUUCUUCUCAGGACACGCCUCCGCUUCGUCUUUUGCACUCCGAAUGUAUCAGAGACAGCAAGACUGCAGUAAUCCCUAUGGGAGAUUAUGAGCUCCAUUUGGUUCCAAUGUAUUCUAGGAAUAGCGACAGACCCUGUUUCUGGGGAUUCAAUGUUGCAAGGGGACUCUAUGAUUCUUGUCUUGUCAUGCUGAACCUAAGAUGUUUAGGAAUUGUAUUUGACCUGGAUGAGACUCUUAUUGUUGCAAAUACAAUGCGCUCAUUCGAGGACAAAAUAGAGGCUUUGCAGCGAAAGAUAAAUGUCGAAGUUGAUCCACAGCGUGCUGCAGUUAUGAUGGCAGAGGUUAAGCGUUAUCAAGAUGAUAAGACCAUAUUAAAGCAGUAUUCAGAGAAUGAUCUGGUUGUUGAAAAUGGGAAGGUGAUCAAGAGUCAGUCUGAGGUUGUUCCAGCCUAUUCUGAUAAUCAACAAUCUAUUAUUCGAUCGCUCAUUCGAUUACAAGAGAAAAACAUUAUUCUGACACGCAUCAAUCCACAGAUUCGUGAUACUAGUGUUCUUGUGAGAUUGAGACCUGCAUGGGAGGAUCUCCGAAGCUACUUGACUGCUAGAGGGCGUAAACGAUUUGAGGUUUAUGUUUGUACAAUGGCUGAAAGGGAUUAUGCUUUGGAAAUUUGGAGGCUUCUUGAUCCUGAGUCAAAUUUGAUAAAUUCAAAUGAGUUGUUGGAUCGUAUUGUCUGUGUCAAACCUGGUUCAAGGAAAUCAUUAUUCAAAGUUUUUCAAGAUGGAAUAUGCCAUCCGAAAAUGGCAUUGGUUAUUGAUGACCGCUUAAAAGUUUGGGAUGAGAAAGAUCAACCACGUGUGCAUGUUGUUCCAGCAUUUGCCCCAUACUACGCUCCUCAAGCUGAAGCAAAUAACACUAUCCCAGUUUUAUGUGUCGCAAGAAAUGUUGCUUGCAAUGUUAGAGGCGGGUUUUUUAGAGAAUUUGAUGAAGGCCUUUUACAAAGGAUACCUGAAAUUUUGUAUGAAGAUGAUAUUAAAGAUAUUCCUUCACCUCCUGAUGUGGGCAAUUAUUUGGUCUCUGAGGAUGACACUUCUGCUUCAAACGGAAACAAAAAUCCACUUUUAUUUGAUGGCAUGGCAGAUGCAGAGGUGGAAAGAAGAUUAAAGGAGGCAAUUCCAACUUCAUCAACAGUCUCUUCAACAGCCAUUAGCCUAGAUCCAAGGCUCGCCCCUUCUCUCCUGUUCACCAUGCCACCUUCUGGUUCAGUUCCAUUGCCAGCGGGUCAGCCAUCAAUGGUGUCAUUUCCAAACAUGCAGCUUCCUCAGGCUGGUCAUGUGAUUAAACCAGUGGCUCCUGUUCCGGCCCCAGAAGCAAUGUUGCAAAGUUCUCUAGCUAGAGAAGAAGGUGAGGUUCCAGAAUCAGAAUUGGAUCCUGAUACGAGGAGGCGGCUUCUGAUUUUGCAACAUGGGCAAGAUACCAGAGAUCACACACCGCCUGAACCUGCAUUUCCCCCUGUAAGACCUACAAUGCAAGUUCCAGUUCCUCAUGCUCAAUCAUGCGGAAGUUGGUUUUCUGCAGAGGAGGAGAUGAGCCCACCGCAACUGAACCAAGCAGUUCUCAAAGAAUUUCCUUUAGAUUCUGAGCAAAUACAAAUUGAGAAACAUCGGCAUCCACCCUUUUUCGCUAAGGUUGAGAGUUCCAUUCCAUCUGAUAGACUUGUUUCUGAAAAUCAAAGAUUAUCAAAAGGGGCACUUCAUAGAGAUGAUCGGUUGGGGUUAAACCAUACACCUUCUAGCUAUCAUUCUUUUUCAGGUGAGGAUAUGCCCCUUGGUCGAUCAUCUUCUACCCACAAGUAUCUUGACUUUGAAUCCGGACAAACUGUUCCAAGUGGAGAAACUCCUGCUGGUGUUUUACAAGAUAUUGCAAUGAAGUGUGGAGCCAAGGUGGAAUUCAGACCAGCUUUGGUUGCUAGCUUGGACUUGCAAUUCUCGAUUGAGGCUUGGUUUGCUGGGGAGAAAAUUGGGGAAGGAAUUGGUAGAACAAGAAUAAAAGCCCAAUGUCAGGCUGCUGAGGAUUCUAUAAAAAGCUUAGCUAAUACAUAUUUGUCACGUACUAAGCCUGAUUCUGGGUCUGCGCAAGGGGAUGUAAGUAGGUUGUCCAACACAAAUGACAAUGGCUUUCUUGGCAAUGUGACUUCAUAUGGGAACCAGCCAUCAUCUAAAGAGGAAUCUAUGUCAUUUUCAACUGCUUCAGAACCAUCAAGUCUUGUUGAUCCAAGGCUGGAAGCCUCCAAGAGAUCUAUGGGUUCAGUCUCUGCGCUUAAAGAAUUAUGCUUGAUAGAGGGCCUUCGAGUAGUGUUUCAAGCGCAGCCUCCGUCUUCAUCUAAUCCAUUGCAGAAAGAUGAAGUAUAUGCACAGGUUGAAGUAGAUGGGCAGGUUUUAGGGAAAGGGACUGGGAUGACCUGGGAAGAGGCUAAGAUGCAGGCUGCUGAAAAGGCCCUUGGAAGUCUAAGAUCAAUGCUUGGUCAAUUUACUCAGAAACGUCAGGGUUCUCCAAGGUCAUUGCAAGGUAUGCAAAGUAAACGCCAAAAGCCAGAGUUUCCACGAGUUCUGCAGCGGAUGUCCUAUUCUGGUAGAUAUCCCAAGAAUGCUCCUUCUGUUCCUUGAAGACCUAAGAGCAUCCUGAUAGAUUUCUCAUUUUAUAGUGUAGCAGCUGUUGUGACAUCUGUACAGUACACAAUAUAGACAACGGGUGAGGGCUAUUGAUACCUGCAACCCCAGUUGACUGUUAACCUCGGUGUUUCUUGCAUAACGUGUCUGAAGCCCAACAGAUGAGAUGUCGUGACUUGAAUUCUCCAGAAAGCAUGGGGAGAUAUUUUCCGGAGUGAACGUGAGGAUUUGUACUCACCUCUUAUCCUUGUCACGGGGACGUUUGUUCAGUUGAGACAGAUGAUAAAUUUGGUACUGUAUUGGUUUUUCUCCUCAAAAUGCUUAACAACCUCACGAGUUGGCAAAAGGAGAUGCCCUUUGCCCUUUGCCCUCUUCUUUGGCUGACCCUGCCAGUUCCAAAUUCUCGGUGGAACUUGGUUAUUUGUCGAAGCAGUAUAACGGGGCACGGGCACUGAUUGAAGGCAGGGCACAGUUUGUCGUUAUUACAGAAUCAACGGUCAACAGAGCUUACUAACCAUAGCCAGUUUUUUACCGGAGUCCAGCGACCCCAACUAACUGGUUUGCUAUCUCUGUCCGUCCGCGAGAAAAUUACACUUCGAAACCAGAGUCUGUCAUUGGUGAAAUUUAGUUGGUUCACUGAGCUGAUGUAAUACACAAUUUUUUAUCAUCUACAACAAGUUGGCUUUGGGGCCGAAGACCUUUAUUUUUCUACAUUUUUUAAAAAGAUUUUUUGUAAGUAAAAUUAUUUAAAUAGUUUUUUCACAAAUGUUUAGAUAUUUAUA